AUGUAAAAGUAAUUACCAGGAGGUAAUGGACAUCUUAAUGAUGAUCUUAAAUUAAAUUAAGUUGCUUAUGUGGGUGCUCAUAAUUGUGCAAUGUCAAAAAAGUAUGGUUGGACUUAUGCCUAAUAAAAUGUUACUAUUACAGAGUAAUUUGAAUUAUAUGGAGCUCGUCAUUUUAAAGUACCUUUGCAUUGGUAUCUUGAAGGCCAUAAUCCUGAAGUAUAUCAAUUUAUUAUUCUGAGAUAGCAGUUGCUCAUGAACCUGAUGGACGUUCUAAUUGUAAAUUGACAGUAAUGUAAAGAGGUUUCAAAAAACCAGAAAAAGCAAAUAUACGUUUAAAAGAGAUUGUAGAUUUAUCUUUUUAAUAUCCUUAUGAAAUUAUCAUAUUAAAAAUAGAGAGCAAAUUAUUAUGCAAAAGUAAAAGAAAUGGAACUAAGUUUUGGGAUCCUUAACUAAUGAGCAUUAUGUUGCAUAGUUUAUUAGUUUAAAUAAGAGCAGAUUAAAGAGCUAUUAGAAUUGAAAAUGAAGGAGAAAUUCCAACUUUAGGAUGGUGUAGAGAGAAUCAAUAGACUAUAUUAAUAUGUAUAGAACCAAAAGAGUAAAUAUUUGGAGAAUUAUCAAAAUAUACUUAUUAUUCAUAUAUAUUAAGUGCAUAAGUAGAUUGGGAAUUAAAUCCUUUAGAAGAUGUACAAAAUGGUGAAGUGGCAAGAGGUAAAACAAAUUAAGAAACUGGUGAAAUAUUGUCUCCUUUUUUAGAAAUUCAUUAUUGUCCAGAAAAUUCAUUAAAGUACUUUUGAUAUUAUAAUAAUAAGGUUAGAUUCGUCAUAUAGAAAGAAAUAUAACUCAUAUAAUCAUGGCAGAGAGAGAUUUUUAUAAUAUUAUGAAAAAUGCAAGAAAUUGCCUAAUUUUUUAGUAGCUGAUUUUAUAGAUUAAGGAAGAUUAUCAGAUAUUGUAGAUGAUGUGAAUCUAAUCAUAAACUCUAAUGGUAAGUUUUUACCAGAAUUGUUUUAAAUAUUAUGA